AUGGGUGCCUCGUCAUCAACGGUGCAGAAUCUCUGUUCUCUGAGUCGGACCCGUAUUCGAUCGAUUUUGUGUCGACCGGACGGCAGCAGGAUUAGCCGGGAGCUAGGAAAAAGUUUCACUUUUCUUGAAGUGAACUAUGGAUCCUGCGCAGCGAAUCUUCAGGUCAAGAUUCCUCUGCAAGGUAAAGCUACGAAGGAGAUGAUCGAGCUUAACGUUGAGAAGUUCAUUGAUGUGGGAACAGUGGAUCACCGCAGUGAAACUCCGUACUCAAUUCCUAAAUCGAAGCUGACUCUAGAGUAUUUGAGAGACCAUACUUAUUUUCGUGCAAGAACCUCCAUGAUUGCAGCAGUUACAAGAAUCCGACAUAAGAUGUGUCUUGCGGCGAAGAAUAGGGGCCGGACUGCAUAA